AGUCUAAUUCCACGAAAACUUUUACUAGUGACCAAAAUGACGUUGCCCAAAUUGCUAACAUUCCACUUCCACCGACGAGUGGGAUAAGGGGAAAUCCCUUGUUUAUCGGAAGUGACUUAUGUAAUAAUAUUCCUAACAGUCCCCCAAACAACUCAAUUAGAAUAGCAAUAUUCCGAGAUAAUAUUGCAUGCGAUGUUCAAAAGCAGAUCAAAAGUAUUGCAGGAAUUUCAUCUGGUAUAAUACAAGGAAUACUUUUAUAUAGUAAUAACAGUAAUGGCACAAUACCGAGUGAUCGGCUGUCAGUAGACAUUGGUGCGGUCAUAAUCCCUACGUUUUACGUGAGUCAAAAUGUAGUGAACUUCAUACGAAGCGUCGAUAUUGAUAAUUCGCGCGUAUUUAUUGAACUAUUCCCAAUGCAAAAAAAUAUCACAACAACUUUACAAAUUACUUUUAUCGGGAUUUUGUUCACCUUCUUGAUAGCCUUCGUUAUCAUUAAUUAUGGUUUACAUCGAUGUAGACGUCGUAGACUUCGAUUUAACAAUACUAUAGCUAUGACGAAUUUAACCCCCACUUUCCUGGAGAAAGAAGUGGUAGAGACUUUUCCUGUUAAGAAAUUCAUAGAGAGUAAUAUUAAUGAACAUUCGGUAGUUAAUAUCGAUGUGACAAAUAACAAUGUCAUAUUACGGUCGAAUAUAAAUCAUAAAGACAUUAAAUCAACGCCACGAAUCAGUGUAUCUCAAGAAAAAUUAACUGAUGAUGAAGAAUCAUCGAAAACGCAAAACAUAAAAUCAUCAUCAGCGAGUGAUAAACAUGUUGGAGAUAUAAAUAAAACACAAAACUCCUCAGAAAUUACUGAUGACCUAGUAUCUUCCGUAUCGCACGAUGACCAAAAGGUAGUAACAUCAAUGACCGUCCCUGUCGAAUCAACAUCUACUGAAGGAACUGAGAAAGAAAUUCCUUCUGAAUCUUCGACAAGUAUUCAUACUUCAAUAGAUAAAAAAGC